UUUGUGAAUUAUUUGAACUCUGGGGUUGUACGUUGUGUCUUUUUUUUUCAGAAAUUUUGUAUUUUUACGAGCCUCAUUCAAAUGUUAAAAAACCCCUCUAGAUGGUGCGUCAGUAACGUUGCUUGGGCAACCAAACGAACAGAAACGCACAGUGUAGAAGUUCACGUUUUGUUUGAGAAGGUGAUCUCUCGACAACCAGAUCGCGACCGGUCGCUGAACAGUCCACGAUACUGUUGUUCUGCACGAAUUAAGCAUUAGCAUCUUAUUUUUCCUUUCCACCAACAUUUGAACUACUAUAGUUUUAUGGCUGACUUACAUCCUACAAAAAGUAAAUUUUCAGUCAUGGCUACAACAAGCAUUAAGCGACUUAAAGAAGAGGAUCCAAUGGAUGGUGCAGGACGGGAAGCAAAAAAGUUAAAAUCCAGAUUCCAUGAUGAUAGCAGUGAAGAUGGGAAAACCAACCUGGACAAUUCAGAACAGCUAUCUUCUUCUCAAAUUCGAGAAAUGAUGUUAAAUGCUCAAAAGAUGAUUGAAGAAAGGAAGCGUUCCCUUCAUCAGCCACCAGCCCUUCUCAAAACUGCUCCAGUCCUCUCAUCUCUUCCGGCACCUGCAGUUCCUAAGGCCCCUGCUCCAUCUUCAAUGGAUGAACGAGCCAAAAAAAUUGCAGAAUUGCAGGCUCAAAUUCAAUCAAAACUAGCAACUUCCACUCUGGCAACAUUGAACUUGAAUCUGCCCAAAACAGUGAGUGCCGCCGGAUCAACUAACGAAGUUUCUAGUGAGCCAAAGCCUGGCCCUCUCAUCCUUAAUGCUGAUGGAAGAACAGUAGAUGCUACUGGAAAAGAAAUAGCGCUAACUCAAUACACACCUACUCUCAAAGCAAAUAUUCGCGCCAAAAAACGUGAGGUGCUCAAGACUCAUAUGGGCAAAGGCCCUCACCAGCAGAACGAGGAAGCCGGAAGUUUAACAGAAAGUCGUUUUUUCGACCCCCGUGUGGCAGCCAAAUCGGCUUUACGGACACGCAGAACUUUUCACUUUCAUGAGCAGGGCAAAUUCCAGCAGGUGGCAUCCCGAAUGCGAAUGAAAGCUCAGUUGGAUAAGCUGCAAAACGAAAUUUCGCAAAUUGCUCGCAAAACUGGCAUCAACUCUGUCACUGCCCUUGCUCUAGUGGCUCCCCGAAUUGGUGAUCGAAAGGAAGAAGAAGAAGUCGAUUUGGAGUGGUGGGAUUCCGUCAUAUUGCAAACGCGGAGCUACGAAGGCGAAGACGGCCAACCUAAUUUACGUCAGGAGACGAUCACUAAUUUGAUCGAGCAUCCAAUCCAGAUGCGCGCUCCCACUGAUCCGCUCGCCUUGCCCUACUUGCCCGUCUUCCUGACUGAGAAAGAACGCAAGAAGUUACGCCGGACUACGAGGCGUGAGAAUUGGAAAGAAAAACAGGAAAAUAUCCGUCUAGGAUUAGAGCCACCUCCCCAAGCCAAAGUUCGCAUAUCCAAUUUGAUGCGCGUGCUGGGUAAUGAAGCUAUACAAGACCCUACGAAAAUUGAAGCCCACGUCCGAGAACAAAUGGCCAAACGUCUUCAAAAUCAUCAGGAAGCCAAUGCCGCGCGAAAAUUGACGGCCGACCAGCGACGUGAAAAGAAAGAAAAGAAGCUUCAGGAGGACACGAGCACAACAGGUGUGCACGUCGCGAUCUACCGCAUCAAGGAUUUAUCCAAUCUGUCUAAGAAAUUCAAAAUAGAAACCAAUGCCAAGCAGCUUUACAUGACAGGAUGUGCCGUCAUUUUCAAGGACGUUAACGUCGUCAUCGUAGAAGGUGGUCCAAAACAACAAAAGAAAUACAAACGUUUGAUGCUGAAUCGCAUACGAUGGGAGGAGGACGCCGUCAAGGUUAGCAAACACGACGCGGGAUCAGCUGCUCAGCCUGAAACGCGAAAUUCUUGCCAGCUCGUUUGGGAAGGUACGACAAAACAACGCAAUUUCGGUGACCUCAUCUUCAAACUCUGCCCGUCCGAGGUUGUGGCUCGAGAGCAUUUUCGCAAACACGGCGUCGAACACUACUGGGACCUGGCUUAUUCCACGGCCGUUCUAGAAGAAACGGAAGAGAAGUGAUUGGUCUAAUAUCGCCUUCUGUUAUUAUCCCCCUCUUUUCUUUCUGGGCCAAACGUUCAUAUUUCAAUAUUACAACUAAUAAAAAGAUUUGUCUUUA